AUGGGCCUCUCUCAUUUCCAACAUCUCCACAAGCUGUGUUUGAAGGGGAAAAUAGAUAAGUUACCUGACGUAUGUGAAUUUCAGCGAAACCUCGUCAAGCUAAGUUUGAUUGGUUCUGAGCUCCAGAAAGAUUCGAUAGUUCAACUAGAAAGAUUGCCAUACCUGAAGAUGCUUGUCUCGGGGAACCAAUCAUACAAAUGGAGGGAACUGGUUUCCUUUUCAGAAGGGUUUCCACAGCUGCAAGUUCUACACCUUGUUUCUUUAAUUGGAGGAAUGGACAGUGGAAGACAAUGCAAUGAUGAAGCUCAAGCAUCUAAAGAUAGAAAGUUGCCUAAAACAGAAAAAGAUUCCAGAAAGAUUGAACUUGUUUACUACUACUCUAGAGAAAUUAGAGAUUGUUGCAAUGGACACAGGUUUCGAACAGCGGAUUUGAUUGAAUCACCAUAA